AUGUAAUCAAGAGGUCUGUCAACCCCUGGAAAACCAAAAUAAGAAGUGCUCUAAAUUGUCUUUGAUCUUGGUGAAAAGAAACAUGUAUAGAAAUCUAUAUAAGAUUUAAGGAAACAUUGCAUGUAUAUGGUGAUUCUGAUAUAACAAUGAUUGCAAAAGAAUUUGUUAACAAACAUUAAUUAAGAGAGGAGGCAACUGUUUUAAUAGAAUAAACUAUAAUCAGCAAUCUAUAAGACAGUCAUUGUUCUAAAUAAAGCAUUUUCGAUCGAUUACAUAAUGAAGCUGCCGUUAAGACCUAGAAAAGACAUUAAUAAUUUAUUACCAACAGUUUAUCUUAAACUUUUAGUCCUCAAAAAAAAUUACCUUACAAUCCAGGAGAAUAAUUAUAUUUAAAAUCAAAACAAAGUCGAAUUUUAGAACCUAAAUAAGAUGUUUAAUAUUCAUUCAAACCAUAUAUAAGUGAAAAAAGCUUGUCUUUAGCAAAAAGACCAAAUAUGCCUACAUAAGAUUAUUUGAUUAUGCAAGGCAAGUAGAUGGCAUAGAGAAAAGAACAAUUAAGAAGUAGUAGAAUGGCUGCAUAAAAUUAAUAAUGUUCAUUUCAACCUACUAUCAAUCCUAUGUAAAAUUACUUUAACAAUUUUGAUUAGAAGUCAAAAGAUUUCUUAAGAGAAAGAAAGAAACUAUUCGAGUGCUUAAAAAAGUUAGAUACAUGAUCGAUUAUAUUAAUAAGGCAUAAAUUCAAUGAAGAAAAAGAAAGAAGCUAGUUAAAUGAUCAAUUAAUCUUAUAUGAUGUCUCCUUUAAAACGAAAACCUUCAGAUAUUCCAUUUCUAGAAAGAAUGCAAAUAUCAAUAUAAAAAAGAUAAAAGAAAUUAGAAGAAACUGUAAUGACUGAAGAACCAACACAUGAUAUAACAACUGGUUAAAAAUUAUAUCAUCCUAUAAUUGGAAGACCACCUGCAAAUGACGUAUAUAUUUUGUAUAUAUUAUAGCGAAAUAAUUCUAAUCUUCCAAUUGGAGAUUAUCUCUUUUAAAUGAGAACUGUACAUGAAGAUCAUCAUAAUUACUUAGUUGAAUAAGAAAGAUAAUCUAUAAUGAAUUCAAUGGCCAAAUCUUCAGAAAAAUCCAGUUAAAUUUAUGAAGAUAAAAAGAGAAAAGUCUUAGAAGAAAUAUUUUCAUUACUUGAUUCAGAUGGAGAUGGUUAAAUUUCAGCAUCUUCUAUUGAAAUUUCUGGAAUUUAAUCUGAAAUUUUAUAAAUAUUGGCACCACUCUUAUGUGAAAUGGAAUCAAUUUAAGCUUAAUUAGAUCUAGAAUCAUUUAUAGAAGCAGCUAAUAGAUUGAUAUUAUCUUUAAAUGUUUCAGACAAAAAUAAAUUAAUCAAUGGAUUAAAAUAAAAAAAAAUAAUAGAUCUCGAUUAAUGUACAUUUUAAGUAUGAGUUUAUUUAUAUUAAGCCUAAAUUAUGCAAGCAUUCAAUGAAAUUAGUUAAAUCGAGUCCAAAAUUACAAUAGAAUGUAAUCAACCAUUAUUUAAUUUUAGAAACUUGAGUUAGUGAAAUAAGAAUAGGAAUAAAAAGUAAUGUAAGAAUGCACAUUUAAACCUCAAUUAUAUAAUCCACUUAAAAUUUAUGAUUUUAUGCUUAAUCAAUGAA